AUGCCUUAAUAAAAACUUACAAAUUUUAAUCUUACCAGUCAUCAGUAAAUAGUACUUAAUUUAUAAAUUCAGCCCCUGGUAUAAUUUUAGGAAUUAGAAAUAUUGUAUAAUUCAUAAAUAAGAUCAAAAUACAUAUAUGUUCUUAUGGAGGCUAAUUAUUGGAUUGAAGUGAGAAAAGGCCUCAUGUCUUUGAAAUAGAAGAUUUUGGAGAGGAGUUAAUGUAAUGGCCAAAGAUUACGAGCCAACCAACGAAAUCAUUUACUCUAUUUAUUAUGGUAAAACAUGGAAAACUAAAAUCAUCUAUGAAGAUUUCUUUAUGGCACAAUAUAUAGUGACUGAAACUGGUGGUACAGCUAGAGAUUUUCUUAUUUAUGGUAACACCGACAAAGGGGAAGGCAUCAUUUUAAAAUUAGUUUCAGCGACUUCUUCUCAAAAGAUGGCAAUUUCAAAUUAGAUUAUAAUAUUUCAAAUUCUAAAUGUUUUGAUGGCUCUAGGAUGAAAUACUAUAAAAAAAAUUAAAUUAAGAAUGUUUUUAUCCCAAGAGAUGAUUAAAAGAAAAUUGCUGAACCUUGUCCUUGUUAAAGAGAAGAUUGGAUAUGUCCCUCUGGCUAUUCUAAUUUCUUAGAAAUAGGGGAUUGUAUGCCUAUUGGUAAUAUUUUUGAUUAAUGUUAACUUGGCACAACAUAUUUUAAAUCAUAAGAAUAAAUAAAAUUAACUUAAUGUGAAGGAGAGUAUAUUUUUUGAUAAAUUAAUAAGUCUAGAUUUAGAUUCAAUUGAAACUUAAUGUCCUAAAUCCUUCAGCUAUUAUCAAGUCCUUUUAUAUUCAAUAAUAAUUUUAUUCCUAGUUUUUCUGAUUUUGUUUGGUUAUGUACUUAUUAGAAGAAAGAUGGUUCUUGUUGAGAAUAAAAGAAAUUUAGGAAAAAUUGUUGAAUUUAGAAAAAGAAUUGAAUGCCAAAAACAAACAACACAAUGUUUGAAUUUGUCAAUACCAUUAAUUAACAUAAAAUAAAUUUAAAACUGA